AUGACUACAAUAAUUGAUGUAUCUGGUUCUCGUGGUGCUGAUGGACUAAAUGGAAAUCAUGCUGUAAUCUAUCGUUCAUUUGAUGGUAACCAUGGGAGUGAUGCUACAAACCCGACCAAAGGUGGAGAUGCUGGAGAUGGAGGAAAUGGUGGUAUUGGUGGCGAUGUUGCUUUCAUUUUAGGUGAUGGUGAAAUGGGUUGUCCGGGACUGGAUGCUACUUUAGGUGGUACAAUUACCUUGCAUAUGGAUGAUACUGACUCUGGAUUACUAGUGUUAUUUGUGAUUGCAUGGACUCCACGUAUUUCUUACUGUUUAGAUGUAUAUGGAGGAAGAGGAGGUAAUAUUACUAUAUCUUUUACUAUAUUGCAAAUAGCAACAAAAACAAUGUGUAAUAAUACUGCUAAUUACCCUAAUAUAGGAAAUGCAGGCCGCCACGGAACACCAGGUACUGCUUAUACAGUUAUCAUUUUUAGUAGUGGAGGGCCAGGUGGUCCUGGUGGCGAUUGUUAUGCUGAUACAACUGGAGGAAGAGACUGCAGUGGCUCUCCGGGUCCUGAUGGUGAAUCUGGACUACGUCCAUCUUUUACUCUUUAUGAUAGUAAACCAGGAAAAGAUGGAAUUCUCCGAUUUUUGAUUAAAAACAGGUGA